AUGGAAUUAAAUUAAUUUAAACAUUUGAAAAAUAAAAAUAUAUUUCAUAUUUGUUAAUUUCCUAACACGAUUUCUAGCAUAUGUUUCGUAUACAAAAACUAAUGCUGGCUGAAUAUCGCGACAUCUAUGAACCGGUUAUAGUAGAAAAUCCUUUUACUCAAGUCACCGAAUACGGCGAAGGUCUUAGACAAUAUCAUAUAGGCUUAACCCGCUCUAAAAUAAUCUUUGGCUGUGAUGACUUCGAUGGCACCGAUCUGGAAGAUUUCGAUUACAAAGGUCUAGAUCCCGAAAUAGAAACUUUCCAAUUAGUAAGCCUCAUGCCUUUGCAAUUUGUUAAAUUAAAUUUCUUUCGCAAAAAGAAUAGAAAUAUUAUGCGCAUUUCUAUUUGUGGUGAAGAGGAGAAACCUAUGCUAUUUGAAUUUGGCGGUCAUCUAUAUAAAAGUCUCUUCUGGAAAACUUGGCGUGAACGUGUUGCCACUAUACGUCUCUUACAUCCCAAUCUUUUUCACAUCUCCUGUUCUUCACCCUUUUCGAGUACUGAUGUCCUGGGCGAAGAGGAACUUUGUUAUGCUCAGGUGCAUGUAGACUCGAAUUAUUCACAAUCUUCGUGGAGGAAUUAUUCGACCAGUUGUAGUUUGUUGAGUCAAUAGUUUAUGGGAUAAAUGUAGAAAUUAAAUUUAA